AAAAGCAGUUUUGUUAAAGAUGAAGCUUCUUCACCUUUUUAUUUCCGCCAUCUUUUUGGCGAUGAUGUUCCCAGCAGACGCUACUUUAGCCUUUAUCUCGAGUGCCUUAGCAGGAAUCCCUGGUGUCCUGGCAGCAAUUCCUGUUGCUCAAAUACUUUCUGUAGCUGGAAUUGUUGGACUUAAGUUGGCCAUAGCAACCAAGCUGCUUUGGUUUCUGGGUUAUUACAGCAGCUACUCCAGAGGCAGUCACUCAGUUGGAUUCUACGCGGACUCAGAUUAUGAAGGUGGAAAGAAUUUAGGCUAUCCAAAUAUCGCAGUCGGAGGAUACCCUCCCUUGCCACCAGCCCCUGUCCAAUAUGGACAAGAGGACCAGUUAUAUAACUCUCGACGGAGAAGGAGCACAGAACCAGUUGCCUUAGAUUCUAGAGCCGAAGCAUAUUUUCGAUACCUUUCUCAGUUAGAUUCAAGUUCAUGCGUAUCUCGACUGGCCUGUGAAGCUACAGCUAAACCACGAAGUUUUGGUUAUUACGGUCAAACAAUCGCUCGCUAUCUGAA